AAAGAAGGCUCUUAUGUAACCAGCCAGCCCGGCUCUUCCCUCCAGAGAAUUUUGUUUUUCAGCAAAUUGCUGUUGGGAUGAAGCUUUAUAGCAUUGGAGUCCUUGUAGCCAUCUUCCUCUUGUGUGAGCGGCAUGUCUUCGCUUUUCAGAGUGGCCAGGUUUUAUCUGCUUUUCCUAGAACCUCCAAGCAAGUGCAGAUUCUGCGGAAUCUUACUACAGCAUAUGAGAUUGUUCUCUGGCAGCCAGUAACAGCCGAAUUUAUUGAAAAGAAGAAAGAAGUCCAUUUUUUUGUGAACGCAUCCGAUGUAAGCAAUGUGAAAGCUCAUUUACACGACAGCACCAUCCUAUUCAGAGUCUUGGUGGAAGAAGUGAAAGAUCUUAUCCAACAGCAAACCUCCAACAACACCCUCAGCCCCCGGACCUCCUCCUCCUUCUAUGAACGGUAUCACCCACUACAUGAAAUCUACACUUGGAUGGAAAUUAUAUCUGAAAACUAUCCUGAGAUGGUUGAAAAAAUCCACAUUGGAUCCUCAUACGAGAAGUACCCACUUUAUGUUUUAAAGGUUUCUAGAAAAGAACAAAGAGCCAAAAAUGCCAUAUGGAUUGACUGUGGAAUCCAUGCCAGAGAAUGGAUAUCCCCUGCUUUCUGCUUAUGGUUCAUAGGCCAUGUAACUCAAUUACAUGGGCAAGAAAUGCUGUACACCAAUCUUCUGAGGCACGUGGAUUUCUAUGUGAUGCCACUAGUUAAUGUGGAUGGUUAUGACUUCACGUGGAAAAAGAAUCGAAUGUGGAGAAAGAACCGGUCCUAUCAUGAAAAUAAUCGUUGCAUCGGAACAGACCUGAACAGGAACUUUGCUUCCAAACACUGGUGUGAGGAAGGUGCAUCAAGUCUCUCAUGCUCUGAAACCUACUGCGGUCCUUACCCUGAGUCAGAACCGGAAGUGAAGGCAAUGGCUAAUUUCUUGAGAAAAAACAUCAACCACAUUAAGGCUUACAUCAGUAUGCAUUCCUACUCCCAGCACAUAGUGUUUCCAUAUUCCUAUAAUAGAAGCAAAAGCAAAGACCAUGAGGAACUGUCCCUAGUGGCCAGUGAAGCAGUCCGGGCUAUUGAAAAUACUAAUAAAAAUACCAGAUAUACUCAUGGCAGUGGUUCAGAAAGUUUAUAUCUAGCUCCUGGAGGUUCAGAUGACUGGAUCUAUGACUUGGGCAUAAAAUACUCGUUUACGAUUGAACUUCGAGAUACAGGCAGAUAUGGAUUCUUGCUGCCAGAGCGUUUCAUCAAACCCACUUGUGCAGAAGCUCUCGCAGCUAUCUCUGAAAUAGCUGGGCAUGUCAUCAGGAAUGUUUAAUGCCCUUGAUUCUUUCACUCUUCUUCCAUAUUUUGAUUCUCUGGCUCCCACAACACCAAAUCACUGUAGGUGCUCUAAAAUUUUAUCAGUAGUUUUGAGAAAAGAGUUUCCUCUUCCUUGGUUUUGCAAAAGAACAAGAUAAAUGCUACCUUAAAAUUAAGGCGGGGAAAAAAAUAAAUGAAUAAAAAUUUUUAAAAAAAAUAAGGCGGGAAGGGGCUCACAUUUCUCUUUUCUAAAAAAAAAAAAUGUGUAAGAGGCUGGAUACGAAUUUGGAUGCAGGAUGUCUGACUACCCACCUCAAGCGACGUGAGCAACUAGGUUCUUGCAGACCCUGGGACCCCAAGGGGAAAGGUGGCUGGAAGCGCAGCAAACAUCCCUGCCCCAGUUUCCAUGGGCUGCUUGCGCCUCUCCAAACACCACCGCGUCCUCUUGGCUCCCCCGUUGCUAGGCAACCGCCUAGCCCGCCGGGCUGGGUCAGACCAGGACACCCCCCCGCCCGCGCCCCGUCACUGCUCAGUGCACAUUUUCCGCGCAAAUGAAUGAACGGCUGUAGUUAUUUGCAACAACAGAUGCGCGGCAUCGCCAACAGCUGUGGAUUGUAAGAAAUCAUGCAAUAAAAGGAAGAAACGCUU